UAGCCUUGAUUUAAUUUACCAGAUUUUCUGCAGCAAAUUGGCAAUUUACUUGUUUACAUUGGUCUGGAAUCUAAAAUGAGCUAGUUGUAAAAAAUGUUUCUCUGGAUGUAUGUAUCGUUUUAUUUCACAAUCACGCAGACUUCCGUGUUUGUUGAGGCGCAGUUUGCAACUGAAACAUGUGUGGAGGCCAGUCAUACACAGAAAAGCUCGCGGCUGGAUUGCACAGACGGAUAUAUCUCCGAAGUCACCGUCAUAUCUGGAACCGGGAAAUGCACACAACCAGGGGGUGGAUGUUUAGGUAUGACACCAGCUUUGAUGGUAAACAGCAUGAAUUGCUAUUGGCACAACACCUGCUUAAUAAAUUGGCCACAGGACCCAAUUGUCGUAACGGAACCUGAUGUGACUGACCGCACAUGUUUGGGAAUUGAACCAGCUUUUGUGAGGAUCCGCUACAACUGUUUCAAACCGACUGACCACCAGGAAGCUUAUGGCUAUGUUAAGCUGUCAGAAAAUGAUGUUCAACCUAAAAAACUUCUUAUCGACAUGUGCAGUAACCUCAAACGUGGGAAGUCAGUUUACAGGAGAACUGGAGAUGCAGAUAUGGCUGGGAUUAUCAGGAGUCACAAACUAUAUCCUUGGAACUACUCAAAUGAGCCUAGAAAAUGUUCAGUGAAGAUCUAUUGGCCUACAGGACAAAAGCUUGUUGUAACAAUUCAGAAUAUAGAUCUGAGUGAGGACGACCAACUUAUUAUUGGAAAUAGGGACAGGGAGCCAAUUAAUGUUACUUCCUCAGAAACGUUUAGUUUUUCAAAUGGAAGCAUUACGACCGUCGUGUUUAAUGUUGGAGAGGAGUCAAACAGUGGAAAAGGCUUUAUACUUUGCUUCAAAUUUAUAUCUGAUGAGGAUGAAGGCAUCAAGAAUGCAUGCGAGAGGAUUAUGACAAAUGGCAUGAUAACUAAUGUGAAACCAGGCAUGGACGACCCAGAUCCUCUUUCGCAGCACCAAGAUAAGAUGACCACACCUACAGUCACCACACCUGCAAUUAUUACACCUACAGUUGCCCUUCCAUCAAUACCAAAACGUUGUCUGAAAAAGAAGACUGAAAAGGCCAGAUUAAGAUGUGCUAAGAGGCGUAAGGGCAAGGGACGAAAUGCCAAGAAGAAAAAACAAGGAAAACGAAAUAAAAGAAAGAAAGACAAAAAGAAAUCGAGGAAAAAGACGACAUAAUUUUGACGAAGAAUUGAGGCAAAUAAUAAGAUAGUGUCAAUAAAUGAAAACAUAUUUGACACCAUUUUAUAUCAAAAGUAAAAUGUUAUAUUAUGUGUUGCACAUUAAUGACAUAUUAGAAUAGAUCUAUAAUAUAACUAUGUACAUAACCAAGUUAUUUAAGGUAACGUUUAAAUAAUGGAUGGAGUUUACAUUAUGAGAUUGAACAGUACUUGAUGAUACACUUGGUAAAGCAACUCACAGAAGUUGCUCUUUAUAAACCGGACUCAUCUGAUUAGCUUUAUUGGUAAAGCACAAGAUUUCCAGGACUUCUAUACCCUAUACCGGAGAGUAUAGAUAUGAAUCUACGGUGAAGCGUGAAUUCCCAACGAUCAAAAGAUAUCUUCAGCCGAGGGUGUAAAUGUUAACACUUACGAGAAGACUUUAUUCACAUAAAACUUUGUUCUAGUUAUAGCUUUAGGACUUUCUUCACAAUUUUCUGAAGACGCAAAGGAAAUCAGUCAAAAUUGAAUACUUCUUUUAUGACAUUUCUUUUGUUUGUAUAUUCUUUAAGCGAUCACUUUAAAUAUAAAAGACCUAUUACGUCGAAUUAGAUUCCUAUAAGAAUGUAUGCUUUAUCACCUUUAUGGUUUUUUAAACCACCCCUUAAAUAUAUAGGUAUUUAAAAAGAGGACUAUUUGUUAAAGUUUCAAUGAAAUUUCUAUGUUCAUUUUGCAGUUGACAAAUAAUGAGAUAUUUCAACAAUCCGAACCUCAAAGCAAGUUUUGAAACGCCGUGUAGCUGCCGAAUUCAUUUAUUUCAUAUCUUGGUAGGCAAAGGGAGGUUAUAAGUAUUUUACAAACUUGCAUUUUAUUGCAUUUCGGCUAAAUAUCAAAAUCGUAAAUGCAAAUCUAUUGCAAACAUGAGACAACAGUUUUUAUAUUCAUGAAUCCUUAAAUAAAGUUGUUUAUUAAAUUUAUACUAAUGCUUAAAGAACUCAAUUAAAGGAUAAAGAAGUAAAAAAUGUUCAAAAUACCUCCAUGAAAAAAUUCACAUGUAUUAAGAACUAGGUGAAUACAAAGAAGUGUAAGUGAUCCGUUGAUCAAGUUUUGAACAAAUCCAUAUUUUUUUACCAAAAUCUGACUAAUCAGUUAUAAGUCUUUAUUAUCAAUACUUGACUAAGAUUUCACACAAAAACAAAAACUGUUUUGUUUUUUUUUUAAUUUAUGUUUUAGUCUCACUUUUAGAGGUGUGCUAUUAAUAAGAGACUGAAUGGAUUUAUAUAGUUAUGCGCAUGAUUCUCUAUGCAUGUUAUCAUAGUUUAGAUAUACUAAUUAAAGCUCAGAAUCGGUUUUGCA